GUUAGAUUGACUGUGAUGUGUCAUUUGAGAGGGGGACCCAAACAAAUCCUUUACUUCUCUGGCAUUUAUUCAUUUGUUAUUUAAAUACACCCUCAAAUUUGCUGAAUUUAUUGCUUUUAAUCCCUGUUUUAAUCAUUACAUUUUCUUUUUGCAUUUUAUAGCUGUUCUUUAGGUUCUGGUUACUUGAUUCAGAUUUGCAGAUUACAGAUUAACAGGAUACAGCAGUUUUUGCAAGACUUGUCUUUGUCUUUUGCCUCUUCAUAUUUUCAUUUUCUUUUCCGUUAUCGAUUUCUCACAAUGAAGGACAGAUUGGCUCAGCUCAAAGAGUCUGAAUCUCCUCUUUAAAAUAAUAAUGUGUGCUUUGAACAGACAAGUGAUGUUGGAGGGGAUGAUAUUGAGGUUCCUGUGGAGAAUGAGGCUUUUAUGGAAGAUUUUUUUGCUCAGAUUGAGGAUAUCCGCUCCAGUAUUGAAAAGAUUGAUGAGAGUGUAACAGAAAUAAAAAAACUGUACUCCACCAUCUUGUCCGCCCCCACGUCUGACCAGAAAACACAGGAUGAUCUUGAAGCAGUCACCAACAUGAUUAAGAAAUCUGCCAACAAUGCAAGAAACAAACUCAAGAGCAUCGAAAACCAACUUGAGACAAACAAAGAUGAGAGGGCCUCUGCUGACCUCAGGAUAAGAAAAUCACAGCAUGCUAUCCUGGCGAAGAAAUUUGUAGAGGUAAUGACAAAAUACAAUGAGGCACAAGUUGACUUCAGAGACAAGAGUAAAGGACGGAUUGCCCGACAGCUUGAGAUCACCGGCAAAGCGACAACUGAUGAGGAACUGGAAGAGAUGCUAGAGGGAGGCAACUCCACUGUCUUCACUGCUGGGAUUAUGGAUUCAAAUUUAAACCAGCAGGCCCUGAACGAGAUUGAGGCUCGUCACAAAGACAUCAUUAGGUUGGAGAGUAGCAUCAAAGAGCUCCAUGACAUGUUUGUUGAUAUCGCUAUGCUAGUUGAGAACCAGGGUGGCAUGAUUGACAGAAUUGAAAGUAACAUGGACCAAUCAGUGGGCUUUGUAGAAAGAGCAGUCGCUGACACCAAGAAAGCCGCCAAGUUCCAACAGGAAGCACGUAGGAAACAAAUGAUGAUCUUCUGUUGCUGUGUGUUAUUGGCUGUCGUCCUAGGUUCAUUUGUCUACAGUUUUAUAAAAUAGACUGGGUAUCAUUCUUUGACUUGCUCAGUCUAAACCAGAGCUCAGCAACGUAAAAUGCUCAAAGAAAAAAAACAAAAAACACUGGAAGCCAUAAAACCCUUUGGACAUCUAAAGUGAGAAUAACUCUGCAUAUAUUGUGUGUUUUGUUUUGUUUUUGUUUUUUUAACCAUUGUGUAUGAAAGAAUAUAGUCCUGUGUUGCAUUUAUGAAAUUAAUGAACUGCUACAGAGAACAAAAAAAAAUAUUUCUGCACGUAACCAAAAUAUUUUGAACUCGGACAAAAAAAGCUUUGUUGCUUACUUUACAAUAAAAUAGUCAAUGUCUAUUUGAGUCCUCUUCGUAUUCAUGAAAUUAAAGUCAAGCUUAAAUUAUCCACCUGCUGUGGAGGAGGCAGUCAGCUGUCAACCUGCAUUAAAAGUACUAUUUCAUAUAACAAUUUCAAAUAUAUAUUUAUUUUAACUGGGUUAUGGGGCUUUUGUUCCUGCACGUCAGCGUACAGUGUCGGCGCAUCAGGGCUGUAAGACAUCACCUUCGUCUUCACACAUAAUUGUAAGCUACGUAUUUGUGACGCGUGAUCAAUGAUUGUUAAUAUAGUUCAUGUAGCGCGUAGCAUUAAACGCUCUUUUUUUGGUUCUUUGAUUGAUCCAAGGUCGAAUACCUCGAUACAUCUUUGUACCAGGUGUCGCACAUCAGCAGUUGUGACGCGUAUUUGGAGUGUCGAGUGACAAAAAAAAGUUUGUGGAGAAAAAAAAAAGCGCCAUAAUCGACACAUUUAGAAUUACAUUUGAAACAUGAAAUGAAAUACUCAUUAUUUAUUUAUAUAGCAGAAAGAUGAAAGCCAUGUUGUAGUGGUGUGCAAUACUGUAUAUUUUGGUAUCGAUCGGAUUCCAAGUAAAUUGAGGGCAGUAUUGCUAAUACCAAUACUUUUCAAUAAUUAAGGUAGACGCAUCAUCAAAUUGCUAAAUCUCAAUUAAUUUUCAAGACCUAUAAGUGUUUUUGUGAUGUGUUUCCCUUUUUUAUGAUGAAAUAGUGAAAACCCAGAACUGAAUAAGGGCAACAUUUAUUGUUAAAAAGAAAAUACUUUCAUUCAAAAAAUCAUAAUUUUUAGAAAAAAUAGAAGAGUAACAAAUCAUCCCCCCCCCCCCCCCCCCCCCCCCCCACACACACACAUUUUCAUGUCUGGAUUUUUUUCUUUUUUCUUUGCAAAGUGGUCACUGCAUAACAAAUUAAAAUGAAUGAAUAUUUUCAGGUACUGUUCAGAAACUACUAUACAAAAUUGUAAUCAAAUUUCCCCCUUCAUUGCACUUCUUUUCUGGAUUUCUCACUGAAAUAAAAACGUUUUUCAAAAUGAUCACUCCACAACUUCUUCUUUGCCUUUGGGCUUGUCCCGUUCGGGGUCGCCGCAGCGCGUCAUCCUUUUCCAUGUCAGCCUGUAAUUCUCCUGCAUCCUCCUCUCCAACACCAACUGCCCUCCUGUCGUCCCUCACGACAUCCAUCAACCUUCUCUUUGGUCUUCCUCUCGCUCUCUUGCCUGGCAGCGCCAUCCUCAUCCUCAUCAUCCUUCUACCAAUAUACUCACUAUUUGUGUCCAAACCAUCCAAGUCUGUUCUCUCUAACUUUGUCUCGACAACAAAUACGAUAAAACAUUUCAAACCAAUUAUUUUUCGAGUACAAUGGCAGAGAGGAAGAUGCCGCUCCUCUUCGCAUACAAGAGCAAAACUGAAACUACAGUACCGACCUCAUCACGCCAGUAUCAAUCCAAUAACGAUACUAACUUGGUAUUGAUACUAUCACGAUUUGGAUCGAUCCGUCCACCACAUAUUAUGUGGCUCUGGAGCCGCAGGUUGCAGACCCCUGGUCGAAACAAACAUCCAUCCAUCCAUCCAUCCAUCCAUUUUCUAC